CUCUCGGAGCAGUAAGAUUCGCCUUCGCCUUUCCCCUCCGCCCGUGUUUGUUUGUUUUCUGCACAUCUCCUUCAGGGAGACGCCAGAGUCUCCCCACCCCGCCUAUUUUUCCCCCCUCUUUCCCUCUGCAAGUAGGCCUAUUUUCACUUUGUCUGACUCUUUCUUCUUUGCUCUCUGCCUCUUGCCCUCUGUCCCCGCGCGCCUCUGCGUUCCAACAUCGCGCAGCCCUCUGCGGUCCCUUUUGCCCCAGCACUCGGAUGAGCUGAGAACCCCGGGUGUGUGUUUAUGGAAAUAGUGGGGUGCCGAGCAGAAGACAAUUCGUGUCCUUUCCGCCCCCCAGCCAUGCUCUUCCACGGCAUCUCCGGAGGCCACAUCCAAGGCAUCAUGGAGGAGAUGGAGCGCAGAUCUAAGACCGAGGCCCGUCUGGCUAAAGGCACUCAGCUCAACGGCCGCGACGCGGGCAUGCCCCCUCUCAGCCCCGAGAAGCCGGCUUUGUGUGCUGGCUGCGGGGGCAAGAUCUCGGACAGGUACUACCUACUGGCGGUGGACAAACAGUGGCACCUGAGGUGCCUGAAGUGCUGUGAAUGUAAGCUAGCUCUGGAAUCUGAGCUCACCUGCUUCGCCAAGGACGGUAGCAUUUACUGCAAGGAGGAUUACUACAGAAGGUUCUCUGUGCAGAGAUGUGCCCGCUGCCACCUUGGCAUUUCUGCCUCUGAGAUGGUCAUGCGUGCCCGAGACUCUGUCUACCACCUGAGCUGCUUCACCUGUUCUACCUGCAACAAGACUCUGACCACAGGCGACCAUUUCGGCAUGAAGGACAGCCUGGUGUACUGCCGCGCCCACUUCGAGACCCUCUUGCAAGGGGAGUAUCCUCCACAGAUGAGCUACACGGAGCUGGCGGCCAAGAGUGGCGGCUUGGCCCUGCCUUACUUCAAUGGCACCGGCACGGUGCAGAAGGGGCGUCCUCGGAAGAGGAAGAGCCCAGCGCUGGGAGUAGACAUCGUCAAUUACAACUCAGGUUGUAAUGAGAAUGAGGCAGACCACUUGGACCGGGACCAGCAGCCUUAUCCACCCUCUCAGAAGACCAAGCGCAUGCGAACUUCCUUCAAGCACCACCAGCUCCGGACCAUGAAAUCCUACUUUGCCAUCAACCACAAUCCGGAUGCCAAGGACCUCAAGCAACUUGCUCAGAAAACAGGCCUGACCAAAAGAGUUUUGCAGGUUUGGUUCCAAAACGCACGAGCCAAAUUCAGAAGGAACCUUUUGCGGCAGGAGAAUGGGGGUGUUGAUAAAGCUGAUGGCACGUCGCUUCCGGCCCCGCCCUCAGCAGACAGCGGCGCUCUCACUCCACCCGGCACUGCGACCACUUUAACAGACCUGACCAAUCCCACUAUCACUGUAGUGACAUCUGUGACCUCUAACAUGGACAGCCACGAAUCCGGAAGCCCCUCACAAACUACCUUAACGAACCUUUUCUAACAUUGGUUUUUUUUUUCUUUCUUUUUAAAUUCUUCCUCUUCUUCUUCUUAUUCUAAUUAUUAUUAUUUUAUUAUUUACAAGCCUUUUUUUUUUUCUUCCUUCUAACCCACAAAAUAUUUGGGGAAUAAAAAUAACAGCUUGGUGUGUAGCAUCUGCAGCCACUUGGCAAAUGAGUUUACAGUAUUGUCUCCUUUAAGUGAACAUAUUUUGUCUACAAAGUGUAUUUGGAAUUUUUUUUUUCUUUUCCUUUAAGCAAUUAGGUCUUUCAAUUGGUAAGGGGAGCUUUUGAAUCAUUCUAAUAAGUGCCUCUUAAAAUUGUAUGUUACUUAUUUCCAGAAUCUCGAAGAAAAAAGUUAAGAGUGAUAUUAUGUGGGUAAAUAAUCAUAUUCCUGCUUAAGUGAUUAGGUUAAUGAUGAACCAGGUAAUUAAUUAGCUAUUUUUAAAAUCUUGCAGUUGUAUAUGUGAUUACAAAAUUUUGGAAACUUCACAUUUUUAAAAUUUUAUAACUGAAAGAAUGUAUUGAGUAUUGCUAUUUCUUACCUGAACUCUUGAUUCAAAUAAGGAAUAUGAUUAAGCAAAAGCAUUAAUAAGAGCAAUUUUAAAUAGCAUUGAUUAGUUAGGUGGGAAAUUACUCCACGUAUGUGACUUUUCCUUCUUUUAGGGAUGUACAACCUAAAAACCUUCUUAAUAGUUCUUUGUUUCUUCAAUAUUUAAAAAAUACUUAAACUUCCUGUAAAACUCCUAUGAAAAUUCCACAUAGAAUUUGAAAUUCUAUACUUUUGAUCUCCGAAAGCUAAAAGAAAAAUCAACUGACAACAGCAAACACAACUCUGAAAAUAUUCUUUCUACCUUACCUUUUUUCCUAGGGAAAAUGGAAAUAAGCAAAAUAUGAUUUUUUAAGAAGUCAAAAAGUUGGUAUGAUUUAAUUAAUCUCUAUUAAUUGGCUUCAGUUGUACCAUGAUAUUGUAUCUGGCAUUGUUUAUGAAUAAUGCUUUAAAAAAAAACUCAGUAAACUUAACACCAACAAUGAGAAUUCUUUGGUUUUGUUUUGCUUUAUUUUAUUUUUGCAUAGUUUGAUUAAAGUAUCACACACACACACACACACACACACAUAAACUUUUCUGGCAUUAGAGAUUUGAAAUUAGUAGUCUUAAAGUAGAUAAACUCAGAAGCCUUGUGGAUGCUGAUCUGAAUAUAUUUCCUAGUUUACAGUAGCAUUUUUUUUUCUUUUAAUUUAAGGUAAAAUCUUAAUGGUCUGGGCAGUGGUGAAUGUUCAUCUAUAUGCUUCUGUUGUAGUUAAAUACCAAUUAGAUUGUGGAUUUCCUAAAAAAAUAAAAAAGAAGUCAAGAUAUAUGUCUUGCUUUAGUGGAUUGUUAAGAAUAACUUUGCACAUAUUUUCCACUUUUUUGGACCCCUUAAAUCUCCUCUGGUGGUCUGAGUGGCUGUUUAAUAGAUUUUAAAGGUGUCCUUCUGGCUGUAUAAAUGUGUGGUUACAUAUUGACAGUUCACUGCCCACAUUAAAGUGCAUUAUUGUAACUUUUGCUCAGGGUCUUUAGAAAAUUAGCACAGAAAGUAGCUUAUUUUUUAAAAAAAGAUGAUGGAAGAUAAGUUAACACUGUAACAGAAGAAAGGUGUGAUUGCCAUUAUAUAUUUAGCAAGUGUGGUUAUCAUCUUAUAUGGAGCUUAAAUCUUGACUUUUCAUAUUUCUAUUACAUUUUGGGCAUUUACCACUAACCAGACCAAACAACCUUGGUAAGGCUGAGAUCUUAUUAAUACACUUUUACAGGUAAAAUAUUGAUACUUAUAAAUUUUGUUCUUUGACAGAACAAUAUAUGGUACUAUAGAUCUACUUUAUUAAGUAGACUAAUUAUAACUCAGUUCUCCUAUGUGCCUUAUGAUAUAACUUGGAAGUAAGUUUGUGAAAAAUCAGGAUUAUAUGUGUUGUUUGUUAAAUUAACUGUUUUAAGCCCUUUUGACACCUCACUAGUUUUGUACUGUUUUACCUCUUAUUUCUGAAACUCUUUUUAUGGUGUAUCCUGUUAGAGGGGACAAACCUGUCAUAGAAAGCAGUUGUGCACUCUUUCAAAUAUAGUUGAUAAAUUCAAUAAUCUUAUAUAUUGAGCUUCGUGUUUAUAGUACAGUAAGUGGUCUAGCAAAAUUGUCCAUGUUUCUUUGUUUAUUGAUAAAUGCAUUGUAUAGAAACUAUUUCCCCUAAAUAUUUAUGGACCAAACAAUUGUGAUAUAUCCUAUUAAAUUUGUGUGAAUAAA